AUGGGCGCGGAGGCGGAGGGCGGGAGCAGCGCGCGGUUCCGCGAGACGCUGCAGAUGGUGGAGACGGCGAUGCUGGCGGCGACGUCCGGGCUGGCGUUCUUCCUGGCGAACUCGCUGCGCGUGGAGGGCUACCUCGGGUUCUUCUUCCCCCUCCCCGCCGUUGUUGCCUCCAUGCGCUGGGGCGCCACCGCGGGCCUGCGCACCGCGAUAUCGGCUGCAUUUCUGCUGCUCGUCCUCGCUGGUCCCAUCAAAGCAAUCACUUUUCUCCUGCUGCACGGCUUCCUUGGCUCCACUCUCGGUCUCUGCUGGGGUCUCGGUCUGUCUUGGCCCAUCUCCAUCCUCGCCUGCACACUCGUGCGGGCAGCAGGCGCAGUGUCCUUUGUGCUGCUCUCCUCGUGGCUCAUUCGAGAAAACAUUCUCAAGCUGAUCCUAAUGAACGUGCAGGCAUCGCUCUCGCAUGUGUUUGCGGGCAUCAGUGCCAGCCUCGUGCCCUCCUUCUCCCUCAUCACUGUCAUCUUCACUACCCUCUUGCUGUUCAACUCAGCAUCCUUCUCACUUCUCCUUCACAUUCUUUACACACUUUUCCUGCGGCGACUUGGGAUUGCAACACCAACACAAUUACCCAACUGGAUGGAGCGCGUGCCUCGCCUUCUGAGGACUCCUCUUCUUCUCAAGAAGCCAGACCUUUUGAAGGCGCCUCGAUGCGUGUCAGGGUCGCGCACUAUCUUCGCAUCGGCGGAAAAGCCUCAGCAGCAGCAGCAAUCCCAGCAGCAGUCGCAGGAUGAGAAGCAGAUAGUGCAGCACGAGGCGACGCACAUGGCAACGGAGAGGAGGGGACAGAGGGACCUGACAUCCCGUGCCGUCGCUCCCCUUGGGGCCUUUUUAGACAUAUUCGACCCGUUCUUCCCGGCGAACCGCUCGCUGACGCAGCUUCUCGACUCCGUGGAUCGCAUGUUCGACGACGCGCUCCUGCCGCCCAUGCCGCGCUUCCCCUCGCUCUUCCGCGCCACCUCGCCGCUCGCUGCCAGCAGCGCCGCCGCGCGACCGGCUGUGGCGGUGAGGACGCCGUGGGACGUGCGCGAGACCGACGACGCCUUCCAUAUCCGCCUCGACAUGCCAGGUCUGUCCAAGGAGGAGGUAUCGGUGAAGCUGGAGAAUGGCAAUUUGGUGAUUCGCGGCGAGCACAAGGCGCAGGAGAAGGGCGGAGAGGAGGGAGAGGGACUCUGGGAUGCGCGUAUCGCCAAGUCCUACCAGACUACCCUGGCCCUUCCGGACAACGUUUUGACGGAUCAGAUCAAGGCGGAGAUGAAGAACGGCGUGCUCACUGUCAACAUGCCCAAGGAAACGCCUCCUGAGGCCGCACCCUCUGCCGUCGAGAUUCCAGUUGCCUGA